AUGCACUUAAACGAUGGCUGCGAGGGCUCCACACAAUGCGGCUACAAAAAUCUGAUCGCGCCUCUUUCUCUCCCUCAAUCUUCCACUUUCAUCCUCACGCUUUCUCCUUUCCUGCCCACUGCGGCACCUCAAAAGCAACCCCCCGAGCACAUUCCGAGAAAGGCGCUGUUUGGUCCGCUUGAAAAAGCAGCCAUGGGCGCGGUUCAUCUCUACCUCAUUCGCCACGGCGAAUCCGUCGAUAAUGUCGCGAACCUCUACGCGCUCUUUGUGGGCGUGGCGCGUGUUUGCAGUGCUGGGUCUCGCGACGCACCUAUGACGAACCAUGGCGUCUUGCAAGCCAAGCGCCUGGGUGAACAUCUCGCGACGCGAACCGCUGCGGCCUCGGCCCCCAUCACGCAUGUCUUUUCGUCGAAUCUUCAAAGAGCCCACCGCACUGCGAUGCUAGCAGCCCACACUGGCGAUGCCGAUGCCCAGGCAUCGUCUAGUACCGACGCUGGGUCCAUACCCUCAACGGUUGGAGUGGCCCCGCUGCAGUUAGCAGAGCUCCGGGAGAAACAUUUUGGAACAGGCGAGGGUCAGAGGUUCGGCGCCCGGUCGUCUGGAGAGAGACAUGAAGGCGCCGAAGACCACGACUCGAUGCGCGUGCGUGCGGAGCGGUUCGUUGACGAGUACCUCGCUCCUCUCUUCGCUUGCGUCGAAGGAGAGCGAGAUGAAGAGCAAGAGGGUGCCAGCAACGGUACGGAGAGCAUCAUCAUUGUUGCCCAUGGCAUCAUCCUGGGCGUGCUGGCGAGGGUUCUCCUUGCCGCUGGCAACUUUGGAUCUUUGGCAACCGGCACGUCGGACCAGCAACAGCGUUUCUCGUGGAGCAACACCGGUUAUCUCUUGAUCCACAUCAAGUCGAUGCCGGCAGUCGAUGCGAAAGAGUCUGCUGGUCUGCGAAGCGGUACGCAGGAACCCAGAUGGCCCCAUCUGAAGCUUGAAAUUGUGGAAGUCAACUGCACUGAACACCUUCGCGGUUUGAAAAAGACGCGCGGAGGGAUUGGCAGCGCAAAAUUUGACGAGAAGCAGAAGACGCUCAGCGCGUUCUUCAAACCGACUGCAUCCAAACGGAAGCACGAGGACAGCUGA